AUGUCAGAGCGGAUACAUAGCUCAUUUCAGAAUUUUCGGAUCAACCAGGAACGCGAUCGCAUGCCAACCUCGGUGAUCCGUGCCUUUGGUAUCAUCAAAGGUUCUGCAGCAAAGGUCAAUGUGGAGCAUAACGCACUGGACGCGAAACUCGGACAAGCCAUUCAGCAGGCAGCUGGGGAAGUGGCUUCGCUGGCACUGAUAGACCACUUCCCUUUGGUGGUAUGGCAAACUGGGUCAGGCACGCAGACCAACAUGAACUCCAACGAAGUCAUCUCGAAUAGAGCCAACGAGAUUCUUGGCCAUCCGCUCGGUCAGAAGAAACCGGUCCAUCCCAACGACCAUGUCAACAUGUCCGGCUCUUCAAACGAUGGGUUUGCAACCGCCAUGCAUAUUGCUGCCGUCCUGGACCUGGAGGACCUGUUACUCCCAGCAUUGACUAGCCUCCGCGACAUCAUGAAGAAGAAGAGCGAGCAAUUUGCUCAUAUCAUCAAGAUCGGACGGACUCACCUCCAAGAUGCCGUGCCACUCUCACUGGGACAGGAAUUUUCUGGCUUCGAGAAACAACUCGAGCUGGGAAUCCAGCGGGUCGAACAAGGACUCGAAGGUCUCCGCUUUCUGGCCAUGGGUGGGACGGCCGUUGGGACAGGUUUGAACACAUACAAAGGAUUUGACGAGGCCUUUGCGGCUGAAGUCAGUCGGGUCACAGGCAAACGCUUCUUCACGGCACCCAACAAGUUCGAGGCCAUUUCCGCGAACGACGCCAUUGUCUAUGCCUCUGGCGCACUCAACACGGUGGCCUGCUCCCUGUUCAAGAUUGCCCAGGAUAUCCGCUUCGAAGGGAGCGGGCCACGGUGUGGCUUGGGGGAAUUGCUCUUACCCGAGAACGAACCAGGCUCGUCUUUCAUGCCGGGUAAAGUGAAUCCGACACAAUGUGAAGCCAUGACCAUGGUCUGUGCGAAGGUCGUAGCGAACCACGCAGCCAUCACUCUGGGAGGUCUGAGCGGACAGUUUCAAUUGAACGCGUUCAAGCCCCUCUUGAUCUCUGAUUUCCUGCACUCGGUGCGAAUCUUGAGCGACGCCAUGCGCAGUUUUGAAAAGAACCUUUUGGAAGGGCUCCGCGCGGACGAGAGACGCAUCAACUACCUGUUGGGACAGAGCCUGAUGCUCGUGACGUGCCUUAGCGGGAGACUGGGGUAUGACUUGGCCUCAAAGGUCGCGAAGCAUGCCUAUAAGCACGAUCUCACCCUCAAGGCCAGCGCGGUGGAGCUCAACGCUCUGAGCGAAGAAGAAUUCGACCUUCUCGUACGGCCUGAGAAUAUGAUUGCUCCGUCAUAG